CUCCAAGCCCCUCUAGCCACCAACUCAUUCUUUGAGAAAAUUGGUGACCAAACUUGGGAUUUUCUCCUUCUUUUCUUGUUCUUGAACCUAGAAAUUUCCCCCUUCUGUGCUGGAAAUUCCAGAUCUACUCUGCUCUGUCUUCCCCGCCUGCUGCUCUUGCUUGUGGGUGUGAUUUUCGGUCUUUCUGUUUGCCGUGAGUUUCCCCCCUGGAUCCCGUCGGCUUCCUCACCAGCCAAGCUCGGGUUCUGCUGGCUGGAAUUCUGGUUUUGAUCAUUCUGUCACCGUAGCACUUGGGUUAGCCUUCUGUUCUGUGCGAGUAAGGUAAGUAAAUUAUGGUAAAGCCCUUUGAUUUUAAAGCAUGUUUUAAAUUGUUUUUGAGAUGGUGGUAAGGUUCAAAUUGAUUUUAAAUUGAUUUUAUCAGCAUCUGAGUAUGAUUAAACUGAAUUGGAAAUUGUGAUGGUUUUUAUGAGAAUUUCACUGUUUUCUGGAAUUGAACGUGAUUGGAAUGAAAAUGGGAAUUUCAUUGUUUUUUGGAAUUGAGCAUGAUUGAAAUGAAAAUGAGAAUUUCAUUGUUUUUCUAGAGUUGAGCAUGCCUAUUUGGAAAUUGACUGAACUGUUUGAUGAACUGAGAAAUUUGUGAAUAUUGAGUUUCUGUUAAAUCAAUGCCCACAUGGAAAUUUUCCGAUUUGUUCUGAAAUUCGAGAUUGAUUGUGAAAUUCGGGUUUUUCUGUAAACUCUGCAUGGUUUUGUCUCGGAUAUGGUCAUGAUUACUGAUUACUGUGCCCCCUAGUAGGAGGUUUAUAAACGCUAGCACAUGUCGACAUGUAUUUCUGUAGAACCGGUUCACCCUACCAAUGGGGUUAAACAUUGGUAAUUACUGUCGCCUGCCAGUGGGAGUUGUAAACACUGGCACCAUUACUGACGCCUGCCAGUGGGAGUUGUUAAACAUUGGCACUUCUGUAACCUUGCCUAUGGGGUUAAACAUUGGCAACUAUUGUGCCCGUCAGUGGGAGGUUUAUAAACGCUGGCCAUGACUUAUAGAUGAGACUACUGAACUGAGUUUUCUUCUGCAUUGACGAUUUGUCAUGAAACGUUUUGUUAUUGAACUGAAUCUGAAUUUGCAUUGACGAGUUGUCAUUGAAUGCUUUGCAAUUAACUGAAUUUGAUUUUGUCACUGAGCGUUUUGGUUAUAUUAAACUAUUUAUCUAACGUGCUUAAAAGUUUUACCCAAGGGCUAUCCAUAUUUACUUGCUGAGUUAUCUCAUAGUUUUCCUUAUCCACCAUUUCAGGAAGCGAAACUGAGGACGGGGAAACCAAGAGGAGUGACGAGUUAGAAGGCUAGCCACUUGUAAUUGAUUUGAAUUAUUGGAUGGUCAGAUGUGAUUUGGAUAAGUUCUGAGCCUUGUGCAUUUGUGGGACCCUCUCACGAGUGCACGGCGUUUGUCGCGCCUCAAAUUCGGGUUCUGGGGCGUGACAAUUAUAUUACUUAGAGUGACUAGUGUACUUAUUAGAGUGAUUUUAGUGCAUCAAAUUCCUAAAUGAGGCUUCCAACUUUAUAUAUAAAAUUGUAAUGGAUUUGCUAUGGCUUUCUGUAGUUUUCAAAGAAAGUAGUUCAAAAAAA